AUGGCUUCCAACCAGGGACAGCAGCCGCCAAUUGCUACAGUCUAUGUGCGCAAUCUCGAGGAGCGUGUCAAGGUCGACAAGCUGAAGGAGGCCCUGUACACAAUCUUCUCCGAGUAUGGCAAUGUGAUCGACAUUGUGGCCAAGACCAAUCUCAAGGCUAAGGGCCAGGCUUUUAUCGUCUUUGACAAGCCUGAGCCUGCCUUGACCGCCGUCGAGGAACUCCAGGGCUUCGAGCUGUUUGAGAAGCCUAUGCAGGUAGCCCUAGCGCGUACGCGCAGCGACGCCACUGUUCAGCGGUAUUGCAGUGAGGAAGAGUUCGAGGCGCAUAAGCGACAUCGCAUGGCCGAGAAGGAAAGGAAGAAAGCUGCCGAAGCCGAAGAACAGAAGCGCCUCAAGAGACCAAUUCCUGGGAGCGGUGUCGAGGCUGGCGCGCGCCCGGCCAAGAGUGCGCGCGGUCCUGGGCUCAAAUCCACGGCCCCUGGUGCAGCUCCGGUGGUCCCAGACGAGUAUCUGCCGCCGAACCGCAUUUUAUUCGUUCAGAACCUCCCGGACGACUUCGACAAAGAUGCCCUCACAGCCAUCUUUGGGCGCUUCGAGGGCUUUCGCGAAGUGCGUAUGGUGCCUGGCCGCAGUGGUAUUGCCUUUGUUGAGUACGAGUCCGAGGCAGGCGCCAUUACUGCUAAGGAAAAUACGGCAGGCAUGCCGCUCAAGAAUGGCGAGAAGAUAAUGAAGGUGACAUAUCAGCGCCAGUAG